UGCCAAGGAAUAACUGAGGAGGGCAGCGGGCCGGCAGCUGGGUGGCUCUGGCCUCGGCAGCAGAGGGAGGCAGAAUGGCAUGAGUAACUGUCCAGUGGCUUUCAAAAGACACCUUGUCCCAGCUUGCCCAUGAAGAGAGAGGGUCAGGGCUCAGAGCUCCCCUGUCGCAGGCCAACUGGGACUGGAGUCGGUUUCUGGGCUCACUGUCUUUGGAAGCCAUGGCAGCUUCUGGGGGUGGCAAGCAGGGGCUCAGUGGGUGGUGACCUAGCUAGAAGGGCGUCCUAAUUCCGGGGGCGAAUUAGCCUGGAUCCCAAGGCUCAGGGCGAGCUCUCCUUCAGCUUGGGGAAUCCAAGACUAUAGGGGCUGGUGGGUGGCGGAAGCCACAGGGCCUUCCCAUGGUGGGGGCAUCCAGAACCUGAAGACACGUGAGCCCUGUGUCCUCUGGGUUGAUGGCUGACCAGCAGGACAUCAAGUGCUCACAGCCAAAGGCCUGAGGGUGUGGGGCCCACCGCAGGGUCCGGCCCUGGGGAUAAAGGCUGCAUUGUUUGAGCAAGGCUCUGUAAAUGGGGCCUUUGAGAUGGAUUUCUACCCCAGCUGGGAGGCCUGGUUGCUGUGUGUUUGGAGACAGCAGUGAGUUCCGGAGUACAGGGUUGGAGGCCCCUUGGGCUAGGAGCCGUCCCCACACAGUAGUGGAGACUAGGCUGUGAGGCGGGGAUUCGGCCCUGCUCGUGGGGCUCCCAGCUCAGGCUCAUCCCUGUCCCUUGCGUCUGCUUCCCUCAGCCACACUCCUCAGCAGCUCCCACGCCUGCCCAACUGAGCUUGAUCUGUCACCACAGGGUAUCUGGGGCCCUCUGGCAUCUGGCCACAGGCUGCCCACCCUCUCUGUCUUUCUGAGCACAGCCCUGGUCCCACCUAUCCUGGGGCCCUCCCUUCCUGUCCACAUCGAAACCUUUCUGGUAAACCUGCUGGCUUCCCGGUGGCCCCAGCUUCCCCACAGGCCUCUGCCACCGUGUGUCUGUGUGGUCUACUAGAAGCCCCCGGAGCUGCCCUGGGCUCUCCUGUGAGGAAUCCCUGGAAGCAGGAUGUGUGGGUCACGAUCAGACAAGAGCCAUUUCCUAAAGAGGACGGUCUUGCCCAGGAAGGUGCAGGAGAACUCCCCAGCCCAGCAGGCGGGCCUGGAGCCCUACUUUGACUUCAUCAUCACCAUCGGGCACUCGAGGCUGAACAAGGAGAAUGACACGCUAAAGGCCCUGCUGAAGGCCAACGUGGAGAAGCCCGUGAAGCUGGAGGUGUUCAACAUGAAGACCAUGAAGGUGCGCGAGGUGGAGGUGGUGCCCAGCAACAUGUGGGGCGGCCAGGGCCUGCUGGGGGCCAGCGUGCGCUUCUGCAGCUUCCGCAGGGCCAGCGAGCACGUGUGGCACGUGCUGGACGUGGAACCUUCUUCACCUGCCUCCCUUGCUGGCCUGUGCCCCUACACAGACUAUGUGGUUGGCUCAGACCAGAUCCUCCAGGAGUCCGAGGACUUCUUUACACUCAUCGAGUCCCACGAGGGGAAGCCCUUGAAGCUGAUGGUUUACAACUCCGAGUCUGACUCCUGCCGGGAGGUGACUGUAACUCCCAACGCAGCCUGGGGUGGAGAGGGCAGUCUGGGCUGUGGUAUUGGCUACGGGUAUCUGCACCGGAUCCCAACCCAGCCUCCCAGCCACCACAAGAAGCCCCCUGAUGCCCCGGCACCUGGUGCCCCACCACCUGAUGCCCUGCCUCCUGAUGUCCUGCCUCCUGAUGUCCCGCCACCUGGACCCACCCCCCAGGACUCUCCUGCCCCUCCCGGCCCAGAAAUAGGCUCUAGGCAGGAUGACUACAUGGAGGCUCUGCUGCAGGCACCUGGCUCCUUCAUGGAGGGACAACUUUCUGAGCCUGGGAGUCCCAGCCAUGGUGCUCCAGACCUUGGGGGAUUCCCACGUCCUAUGGAGACUCCUCUUCAGCCUCCCCCUCCAGUGCAGCGCGUCAUGGACCCAGGCUUCCUGGCCGUGUCGGGUCUCUCCUCCUUGGAGAGCAGCAGUGCCGGUGUCUGGCCCAGCCUGCCCUCGGCCACAGAGCUGACCUGCACAGCUCUCUCAGCCUCCGGGCCCGAGGACGUCUCCAGCUGCGGUUCUCACGAGCGUGGUGGUGAGGCCACAUGGUCCGGAUCAGAGUUUGAGGUCUCCUUCCCGGACAGCCCAGGCACCCAGGCCCAGCCAGACCACCUGCCUCAGCUAACCCUUCCCGACAGCCUCACCUCUGCAGCCUCACCGGAAGAAGGGCUGUCUGCUGAGCUGCUCGAAGCGCAGGCUGAGGAGCCGGCAAGCACAGAGAACCCAGAUUUCGAGGCAGAGGCUGAGGAGGCAGCCAGCCAGGCCCAGCUCUCCACCCCUGAAUAACGCCCUUGGCUGUGUCGAGGCCCCUGAUGGCAUUUCGUGAGGCCUAGAUGUGGGGAAGCAGCUUAGGCCACACUCCGUAGCCCAGCCCCUUGCCUGAUCCCGGCCCAGCGUGCAGCUUCCUAGGCAAUGGCUCCCGGGAUGUGCAGGGACUUCUGCGGCUGUGGGGGGUGGAGGGGGGGGGGGCGCUUGUGUGUCCACAUAGACCCUACUGGUGUCCAAGAGAUGACCUACCAGCAUUAAUUGUGCCUGAUGGUCCUGGCUUUGGGGAAUCGUGCACUCAGACAAAUCCUUUUGGGGUGGUGGGAGGCUGGGAGCAGCACCCAGAUUAAGUUUUGCAGGAGCUGGGGAAGGAGAGGAAAGGACUGUGCUGCUUGGGUGGGGCAAAGAGCCUCAGUGGGUAGAAGAGGAGGCCAUGGGCCAAGGGCAUCUGUUGGCCACGUACCCUUGAGUCCAGUGCUCGCUCCUGCUUUGGUCACUGUGGCUGCCCAGGAGGCAGCAGGGUCCACACAGGGUCGUGUGUGCAGAUGGAGUGAAGGAGGAAGGGACAGGUCUGGAGUGUUCGCCUAACACUUGGCAGGGCAUGCCUUGAUUCUUGCGCAGCUCAGCUAGCCCUUGGGGACCCCAAUUACUGUCUCCUCUGUCCUGUGCCCUCAGUCUCUAUGCUGCCCUGCACAGUUGGCUCCGGCAGGCUGACGUCUGCCAGUCACAGCCGGAGGAGAGAAGCAGUGACCUUGUCCCUCUCUCCUGGGAGAGGAGGGUUGGAAAUUCCGGGCCCGUCAGCAGAGACUCACUUGUCCUUGGACCACGAUGUUCCUUCUUCCCCAGGGUCUACACUCCACAGACCCAAUAUCCCUAGUGGUGACUCCUGUCAGCUUCCCAACUUCUACAACCAUCUCUUCUAAAUAGAUACAAGGCAUCCAGGCAGCCCCAGUGGUGAAUACAAAUGGCAAAUUUAAGCUCACCAUCCUGACCAGACUCUCAAAAGCCAUUCCUGACUGGAUCUCUUUACACAAAGCUCCCACCCUAAGGGGGAACGAGGGACCUGGACAAGAGUGGGCAAGGGCCAUUCCGUUCUUUCCCAGAGUAUGGAAGGAGGCUGUUCCCUCCACCCCAGGUACCUGGAGAGGCUAGGACUAGGCCAGGUCUAAUGCUCUACCUGGUUCCUGCAGGAAGAGGAGGGCUCCACACAGUAACCAGCUCCCCAUCCCCUGAAGUCCCUCACCUGCCCACUUCUUGCUGGUUGCCACGAAAGCCGCCUCUCUGGCCUUGUCUUCUAGCUGCUACCCAGUUUAAAGUCCGACCUUUGCCGCUUGAUCUGUAACGUGUGCACUUAACAGCAUUCAGAGUUCUGUUAGGCCCAUAGGACAAGGACUGUCUGCUCUGGAGGGCACAGACCAAGUAUAUGCAGGGAGGGCCCCCAAUGAGCAAACACUUCAAAUUUCUAGCACUGUGACUGCAAUCUGAAGCAAGGCCUCCUCAAGCCUACCAUGGCAGCUGAUAAGCCUGCUGAACAGGGAGGCAUUGUGUCCGAAGCCAGGGCUGGAGCUGGGUUCUGGGAUUGUCUGGGAGCCCAGUGUCCGCCUGUAGGGAUCCAGGAAGUAGAAGAGAAUCACCACAGGACUGUUCUGAGGCCACCUUCCCUGAACUGCAGCCUGGUAAUCUGGCCCAAAGUCACCCUCACCCCAGGAUUCUGGCUCUUCCCUCCCUCACUUUGACACACUCCCCGCCCUAACCAGGGGGAUAAAAUGGGUACUGAUGCUAACAAUUGCCAGGGUAAACAUGGAACCAGAAGUUUCUCUGUAAUCUGCUAUGAAGGAAAAUGACAAGUGAAAGAAAUAAAGGUGUACUACACUUUGAAA